AGCACCAGUAGUUCCCCAGCCGUGGGCGACCGCGCACACCCCUCAGUCACGGCCCGACACGUACGUGCUUCUGCGCCCAGUAUUUGCACGGCGCGGCAGAGAGGACGAGAGGUCCCAACUCCUAGCUGUACGACGAUGGCGGCAGCUACCGAGUCCUCCCCGGCCGGCAGCGCCGCCGCCGCUAGUAGGGCGUGGGAGUGGGAGGGGAAGGUGGUGUCGCCGGUGGCCGCGGCGACGGCCGACGAGGCGUGGGCGCUGCUGUCGGACUUCCUGGCGUUCCACCGGUGGCACCCGCGCGUGGCGGCGUGCCGGCUGGCGUCGGGCACCCCGCGCCUGCCCGGCUGCGUGCGCUACUGCGAGGGCACCGCCCCGCCGCCCGGCGCCGGCGGCGCGCCGGCCCCGCCGCCCGACUGGGCGCACGAGACGCUGCUCGAGUACGACGCCGAGCGCCGCUUCUUCCACUACGAGAUGAACGACAACAACAUGGGCUUCGGCCUCUUCUUCGCGACGUUCCGCGUCGUCCCGGCCGCCGCCGCCGCGGGGACGGGGUGCGAGCUGCGGUGGGAGUUCCAGUGCGAGCCCGUGCGCGGCUCGGCCAGGGAGGCGCUCGUCGCGCGCCUGCAGGCCGGGCUCGACGGCAUGGCCGCCCGGGUCCGCGACCACGUCCUGGCCGCGCGCGACGCCGCCGCCGCCGGCACGCCCGCUGUGGCGCCCGCCGCCGGCGAGCUACUCAAGCUCGACAACUACAUCGCCGUCUGAUCGAUCGGACGCGCGCCCGUCCCGUCCGUUGGUUCGCUGCCGGUGCUCAUGCUUACGCUGCCAUCGUCGCGGUUACGUUGCUGUUGUUAUCUCGUCUGCUCCUGCAUGUACGAUAUGUUUCCGUAUGGCUAAUCUGCUACCUUAUCUCACCGUAAAUGAACUCCGUACGUGUACUGUGCGCCGGGAAUAAAUGUAACGACGGUUAGUUAUUUUUAUUAAUUACUGUAACUCUCCUAUUGUACAUUUGUGCUUGUAGUUGUACCAGGCAGACAUGGAAGUCUAUGCCUGCUGGCCUUCUUUUCUUUUCUA